UGGGGGUGGAUGUGGAUGGGGGCGGAGGUGGUGAGCGAUGGAGCAAAGCGCAAAGUAAGUCACCCAGCGGAGCGCAAAGCAAAUUGGACAUGCUGCCAAUCAUAUGAGAUCUGACAAGAGACGGAGAUGGCACAGCCAGACCAACCCACGCUCACACUGGUCACGUUGUUCUGCAUGUUCUACGUGAGUCGGGGCUGGAGCCCAGCGGUCCAUGGACGGGAGGGGGGGGUAGUGGAGCUUGACUGCAGCCUGCCGUCUGGCCCCAGCAGCCCCGGGUCAGCCUCCCCCCGGAUGGUGGAGUGGGUCCGGCGGGGGUACGACACCCCUGUUCUGAUGAGCUUUGGAGCGCACGCCUCUCGCGUGCACCCCGAGUAUGAAGGGCGAGUGAGCUUGGUCCGCAGCACCUCCCUGAGGGUGGCGCGGCUGAUGGUGGAGGACGAGGGGGCGUACGAGUGUCAACUCUUCCUCCUGGACCACGUCACCAACGUGUCCCGCAGCGGCAACUGGACGCAGCUCUCUGUCACCGCUCCACCCACUUUUACCACGACCCCGCCCUCUGUUGUGGAGGCUCUGGCCGGCAACCGGCUGUCCCUGUCGUGCGUUGCCAAGGGCAACCCUGUCCCGUCCAUCACCUGGCUGAAGGAUGGGGCGGGGCUCCGGGACCAGGCCGUGGAGAUCCAGGGGGGGACUCUGAUCCUGAGGGCCGUGACCCCGGAGCUCAGGGGCCAAUAUGGCUGCCGCGCCUCCAACCCCGACGGAAACAUCACCCAUGUGACCACACUACAGGUCAAAGGUCCCCCGGUGAUCGUCAUCCCACCCAGGAGCGCCUCCCUCAACAUGUCCCAGAACGCAGAUCUUACAUGCAAGGCUAUCGCUGACCCCCCCAACAUGACCUACGUGUGGAGGAAAGGGCAGGAAAACGUCCAUCAUAUAGAGUCUCUUAAAUCCCGUGUGAAGAUUAUGGUGGAUGGAUCUCUGCACAUCUCCACACUCACCCCAGAGGAUUCUGGGAAGUACACCUGUAUGCCCACCAAUGGCCUGCUAGCCCCGCCCACCGCAUCAGCUGACCUCACAGUGAUGCAUCCGGCCCAGGCCCUGCCGAUGCCCAGGGAGACCUACCUGCCCACCGGGAUGAGAGGUCUGAUCACAUGUCCCUUCUUAGCCAAUCCCCCGCUGCUCCACGUGGACUGGACCAAAGACGGAGCUCCCCUGGACGUCACCCUGUACCCAGGGUGGACCAUGACCUCUGAGGGGUCGUUGUCCAUGGCGACCGUCAACGAGGACUCUGCGGGCGUGUACAGGUGCACGCCCGCCAACAGCUACGGGUCCAUGGGCCCCUCUGGGGCCACACGCGUCCUCCUGCAGGGCCCCCCUUCGUUCCGCUCACCCCCCCAGCAGCAGUACCAGCAGGAGAUGGGCAGAGCUCUGCUCAUCCCCUGCCAGGGAGAGGGAGGUCCGGACACCAGGGUUACCUGGAGGAAGGUGAUUGAGGGCCCCGUGGCCCCCAGCUCCCAGGUGACCGGUAACGGCUCCCUGCUGCUGCAGCCCCUCACCAAGGGCCACCAAGGGGCCUGGGAGUGCAGCGUGUCCAACCGGGUGGCGUCCGUCUCCGCCUCCACCCUGGUGCUGGUGCUGGGAACCACGCCCCACGCUGCCACCUCUCUGUCUGUGGCCCCGGGGCCCCGGGUCGCUGACGUCUCCUGGGAGCCAGGCUACGACGGAGGAUCAGCACAGAUCUACUCAGUGUGGUUCAAGCAGGUCUCCCCUCUCAACGGCAGCCCCCGGCGGGACAACCUCAGCUCCGAGGAGCAGGGGACGAAGCGGCAGCACCAGGGUUGGUUCAACGUGUCGGUCCCCCCCGCCUCGGGGGCCCGCCACCAGGUGACCGGGCUGGCCCCCGCCACCCACUACCAGUUCAGCGUGCUGGCCCAGAACGCCGCCGGGGCCGGGCCCUUCAGCGAGCUGGUCACCGUGCGCACCCUGGAUGCUCCGAUUCCAAGAAGGGCCACUUUGAGUCCCCCGGGGGCCCUGUCCGUCAACCGCACCUCCACGGGGGUCAUCCUGCAUUGGGCCCCGCCCCCAAGCAACCGUCCACCAAUCACAGCCCUGGUUCUGCAGUCUCGAGGCGCAAACGGCGAAUGGCUGACCCUGGAUCGGGACAUCAACGCCGCCGCCAUCGAGUUCGCCGUCCCCGGCCUGCGAAAGGACAGUGUGUACGAGCUGCGGCUGCUGUCUCGGCGCGGGGAGGUGCUGAGUGAGCCCAGUCCAUCCGUCAACGUCUCCACCCUGGGCCUGGGGAGGGCCGCGGCGCCGUCCCAGCUCUCCGAGCUCGUCCCCCAGCCCUUGCUGGCCGGCGUCCUGGGCGGCGUGCUGUUCAUGGCGCUGGUCCUCUUCCUGCUGCUGGCCGCCACCUGCUUCGUCGCCCGACGGAGGGAUAGGCGGCGGCGGAAGCAGCAGAACAAAGACGAUCUCGUGCGCUCCAUCUAUAAACCCUCCUCCAUGCGGACGGCAGGCGGCGGCAGUCCAGACAGUGUGCUGAAGAAAAGCCUCCUCCACGCGCAUAAUCUCUACCCCGCCACCUCCUCCUCCACCUCCUCUUCCUCUUCGUCCUCCUCGUCCUCCUCUCAGUCCCACAGCGGUAACUUCAGCAAAGGCAGCCCGCCCCAUAGUGAGGGGCAGCACAUGGAGCUGCUGCUGCCUGGCUCCCUCCACCCCCACCCCCACCACCUCCAACCCCAGCACCACCAGCACCACCAGCACCAGUACCUCCUCCCCACCCCCCCCACCCCCCAGCGCAGAACCAAAUCGCUCAGCAGGGCCUCGUCCUCCCUCCUCUCCUCCCACCUGGAGCUCAUCACCAGGGGCCCCGACGGACGCUUCGCGGCCCCCGGCGACGGCCAGUCGCUGUCCUCCGCCCUCGACGACGAGAAGAAGGGCCCCGGGCGGGGGGGCCGGCGCUCGUCCCGCUCCUCCGCCUUCCAGCGCUCGGCGUCCCUGCCCUCCCGGCGGGGCGGGGAGGCGGGGCGGCGGGCCCCGUGCGUCCUCUCCGUGGAGCUCCCUCCGGCGCCGCGCCGCGCCCCGGGCCCCGACGGCAGGCGCGGCGCGCGCUCCAUGACGGAGCAGCACCUGCUGGCCCUGCCGGGGCACAGCCUGUGGGACGGCGCGGACGGCGGCUCCGACUGGAGGGGCUCCCUGCGCAGCUCGGCCCGCAGCUCGGUCACCGCGGCGAGCGGGGCGGAGCCCGGCGUCCCCCCGUACCCGGGGGGGGUCGCGCCCCGCACCACGGCCAGCAGCCUGGUGCUGCAGAUGGAGCACGAGAGGGAGCGGGGGAACCUGAGCCGCUGCCUGCAGCUGGCCCACGAGAGGGAGGCGCUGCAGUGGGAGCUACGCAAGUACACGCUGGAGAGGGGGGACGGCGCCGAAGACGGCGGCGACGGUGUGGACGGAGGCCUCGAGGGGCGGGUCUUGCAGGAGAGGUACGUCGGCGGCGUUGGCGGCGGCGGCGGCGGCGGCGGCUACUUGCCCCGCCUCCACCGGGACAGCAGGGCGAGCUGGGAUCUCGCGUCGCCUGUCUACUCCAAUUGGGGGGCUCCCACUCCUCCCCCUCUCCCCCCCCGGCUCAGCCCCAUGUCGGCCUCGUCCCCGGGGCUGUACCCCUUCCAAAGGGCCCCGCGUGGGAGCUCCUUCCGGGGCUCCCACGCCCAGUUCCCCCUCGUCUCGCCCGCGAAGCAUCGGGACGCGGCGGCGGAGCGCCGGCCCACCGACAGACUCACCCUCCCGCACCUGUCGGCAGAGCGCCAGUGGCCCCCCGCAGGCGAGACAGGACCGGAGCGCCAUAGCUCCCUCCGAGUCCCGCGCGGCACGAGGCAACGCAACCACGCGUCCACCGAGGAGAAGAGGAGGAGGAACCUGUCCACGCCCUCGCCCGCCCGGGACGAUCAAUACGCGGAACACUUCGACGCCGCCGCCGCCGUCGGCAGCCUGCCACGACAUCCCAAAGCCCGCCCGGCCGUUCCCAAGCCGCCCCCGACGCGCGUGGAUGACACGUGCGUGGAGAUGAGCGUGGACGGGCCCGACCUGGAGGCGACGCCGGCCGGCCAGAGGAGCCGGGUCGAGCGCUCCGACGCGUCUUCGUCGCUCCGCCGGCCGCACAAGGGCGAGCGCGGCAGGGGCCCCGGGGGCACGACCCCCUUACCCGGGCACCGCUUUGAAAUGACCCCCGGCCGUCACCUGUGGAAGACCACGAGCCUGGGGGCCCCGGACGCGUACGACUACCCCCAGCGCAGCCUCAGCCUGGACCACCGCAGACGCCAGCGGGCCAGGUUCCUGACCCCGGACGACUGGGUGGACUCGCUCAGCCAGGAGAACUGCUCCACGCCGCGGGGCCCCCCAGCCCCGCAGACCCCCGGAGCCGACGCUCACGGCCCCCUGGGUCCCCACUGGCCGCCCGCCCAGCCGCCGGAGACCCCUUCCUCGCACGAGCGCUCCUCCUCCUCCUCCUCCGUCUUCUCCGCCCAGACCCCCAGCGGGGAGGCCCCCUCGCUGAGGAGGGGCCCGCCGGCCCGCAGCCCAGAACCCGCGCCGCCGGCCCAGCGGGACGAGCCCAAGAGAGAGUGGAGCAUCCUGUCCAUGGACGCGCUCCGAUGGCCCGCCAACAGUGAGUCCUGGGGGUCGGGGCCCCGGCCGGAGGCCUUGAAGGAACCCUCCGGAGGCUCACGGACCCUGAGCCGAGCCAGGGGCCCCACAGACAGAGGAGAGGACCCCGGCUUCCCCAGACCUCUGCACAGGGGACAGAGCUGGCCCACGGCGGACCGGGCCCCACCCCCUCUCUCCAACGGUGACGGGGCCAAACGAGACGAUGAGAAGGCCGACGGGCAGGCGGGGGGGCCCCCCGGCAGCGAGGUGGACGAUGUGAGGGGCUACGUGGUGGUCCAGGGGUCGGCGACCCGGGGCAGCUUCAGCAGCUACGCCAGCAGCGGGCGGGGGAGCAUGGAGACGGGGAACGGCCGGAUGUCGGUGUGCCUGUCGCCGACCCUCUCCAAGGCCCCCGACGAGGUGGAGGAGUACGCUGAGGACCUCGGCCCCGGCCUGGACGAGGCCCGGAGAAGUAGAAAAGCCUCGGUUGACGAGAGCUACGAGUGGGAUGAAGACACAUCGCAGCCCGAAACACGACAGUUUCAAGACCCGGGUGUGUCCGAGGAGGUGCUGAAAGGCGUGUCCCUGUCCCGCUGUAGCCUUGUGAGCGUGCAGGCGUGCUCCCUGGCAGACUGCAGUCAGGCUGCCUUGCUCCGGGGCUGCGGCACCAACCGACGCUCCCCUCAGGUAGAGAUGGAGACGGUGCUGUUCUGACUUCAACCCCAGCUCCCACCCUCCCUCUCUAUGACUCCGUGACUGUAUGAGUACACCACACCUUUACCCACCGGCUUAGAUGUGCACACCCAAGGGGACGUUAGAUGAUGAUGAUGUUGAUGAUGAGAUGAAUGUAUAUAUACUAUUAAGGGAGAUGAUGACUUUGAUUUGGAUGUUUGUAACCACCGUGGACCAAAAUACUGUAUACUGUAAUACUCUACUUUGUAUUAAGUGUAGAAGCCAUAAAUCAUUGAGGAGUCUUGGAUUUAGGAGGAAUGAUUGUUAUAUUGUGUUGGGCUGAUUUUGUUUUGCUGAUUUUGCAUUCCUUAACUACGGUGGACUAUAUAUAUAUAUAUAUAUAUAUAUAUAUAUAUAUAUAUAUAUA